AUGAAGCUGGAGGUAUUCUCGCAGCACUACGAGGACAAGCUGAGCGCCGGCAGCGACCAAGAAGGCAGCGGCUCCCUUUCCCCGGCGCCGGCUGAGAGCGAGCUGGGCUCGGACGGCGACUGCGCCGCCAACAGCCCAGGCGGCGGGGCCGGGCGGCCGGGACACCCUCCGCCGCCUCCCCCCGCCCCGCAGCCGCCGCCGGCGCCGCCGGCCGAGAGCGCAAAGGGCAAGCCGUAUACGCGGCGGCCGAAGCCGCCCUAUUCCUAUAUCGCGCUGAUCGCCAUGGCCAUCCGCGACUCUGCCGGCGGCCGCCUGACCCUGGCCGAGAUCAACGACUACCUGAUGAGCCGCUUCCCCUUCUUCCGCGGCGCCUACACGGGCUGGCGCAACUCCGUGCGCCACAACCUCUCCCUCAACGACUGCUUCGUCAAGGUGCUGCGCGACCCGGCGCGGCCCUGGGGCAAGGACAACUACUGGAUGCUCAACCCCAGCAGCGAGUACACCUUCGCCGACGGUGUCUUCCGCCGCCGCCGCAAGCGCCUCAGCCGCGCCGCCCCGCCGCCACAGCCCGCCCGCCCCGCCGCCGCAGCCCCGCCGCCGCCGCUGCAGGAGGCGGCCGGAGCGGGCGCCGCGUCCCCCGGCGGUUCCCCCGCGCUGCUGCUGCGCUUCCUCGCCCUGCAACUGUGCGCCGGGCCCUGCCGCCAAGGAGGCGGCGGAGGGGGGCGGCGGGGCGGCGGCGGCUGCAACGGGCAGCGGCGGUGCCAAGUUCUCCAGCUCCUUUGCCAUCGAGAGCCUCCUCCGGCGGCCGGCGGGGCCCCGCGCCUCCCCGCAGCCGCCUCCGCCCCCCCGCCCGCCGCCGCCCUCUACGGCGGAGGUCUCCUGCAGCUCUGCGCCUACGGGCUGGGCGAGCCGCUGCUGCUGGCGGGCGGGCGGCAAGCUCUGGCCCACGGCGAGCCGGCGGAGCGGCCGCGGGCUCCGCUCUUCCCCGCCGCCCUCCCCAAAGGCGGGCGGGGGCCGGCACCCGGCUCCCCGCUCUACGGAUCCCUUCGGCUGGCCGGGCCGCUGCAGCCGGCGGCGGGGGGCUCGGCCUCGUUCCAGCCGUACGCCGUGGAGACCCCCCUGGCUUAA